AUGGUUAUUUCAUAAAUAUUCUAAGAUUUAUUCUAUAAAAUCCAAGGAUAAGAUGGGGAAUUCAACUAUUAGUUAGAAUAAUCAAUUAAUUUUGGUUAUGAUUGUGUAUAUGGAACAAUUAGUCAUGAUGGACAAUUCUUAAUUACUUGGGAUUAUAAAUCUCAUAAGACUUAAAUUAAAAAAUAUUAUCAGAAGAUUGAUCAAUAAAUUUGGGCAAGUUUUAUUAAAAAUAAUAUUCAAUAUUAAUUAUAAAGAAAUAUUUUUAUUAUUUUAUAUUAUGAAAAUAAUAAAUUUGAUUAAUUUUAUAAAAUAAUCAUUUAUUCAACAUCCAAAAUAUUGCAAACUGCUGCAACCUAAUUAUAGGUUACAACUAAAUUAAUAAAGUGA